AUGUUUUACGUCAUGUAUCUCACAGGCCUCUGCCAACGCCGCCACUGGCCAGAACCCAUGUUCCAAUCGUACCGCACUCGUUACGGCUAUGGAUGUACUGUUCGGGUAAACAACAGGGAGUACUCUACGGAUGUGGACUACGAAUCGGAUGACUUGGCGAAGAACGCUGCUGCCACCCGAGCAUACAUGAUCUGCCGCAACUUCAGCGUCAAUGACGGCAGAUGCCCUAGCCAAGGAGGUGUCGUCCAGGGGCUUCCCGUGGCUAUCGGUACCGGAAGGAGGGACACUUGCAUCUCGCAAGACUACGACAGCGCCAGCAACUCGAGUGGCGGAACCAGCCCACGCAACAGUGACUGCGGUCUUGACGCAAUGGGACGACGAACCAGCAAAGUCUCCGUAUCACCAUCAGUAUCCAACUGCUAUUGUGGCCGUGGAACUGUUCGUGCUUACGAAAGAUGCACAAACUGCCUUCGCGAGGCCGGAUACGCAUGCUGA